CUUAGCUGCGAUGCGUUUCUUGGGCGCCGCGUUCCUGUUCCUGGCACUCAGCGCCUCCGCCCUGGCCAAGCCGGUGCAUUUCAAGGACUGCGGUUCUGGGGUCGGAGUUAUAAAGGGAGUGAAUGUGAACCCAUGCUCCACCCAGCCCUGCCAACUGCACAAAGGACAGACUUACAGUGUCAAUGUCACGUUCACCAGUAGCACUCAGUCUCAAAGUAGCAAAGCUGUGGUGCAUGGCAUUGUGAUGGGCGUCGCAAUUCCCUUUCCUAUUCCUGAGCCUGAUGGUUUUAAGAGUGGAAUCAGCUGCCCCACUGUAAAAGACAAGACCUAUAGCUACCUGAAUAAACUACCUGUGAAGAGUGAAUACCCCUCUAUAAAACUGGUGGUGGAGUGGGAACUUAAGGAUGACAACGACCAAUGUCUCUUCUGCUGGCAAAUCCCAGUACAGAUUGAAAGCUAGAGCUAUUUGAUGCCAAUAUGUCCAUCUGGGGGUGAGAGAGCACGGGUGGAGCGAGAGGAGGAGAAAUCAAGUCUAAACUAAAUCAGUGCCAUAAGAUGAAAGGAAUUUCUAGACUGCCGUUCUAGUCUCUCAACCUCCAAAAGCAUCUAAGACCCUAUUUCCUGAGAGCUCAGAACUGUCGCCCCUGUAUUAUCC